GUCAAGGUGCUGGGACGGCGUGUGUGUGUGGAGCAGGAAGUGAACUGAGCUCUAUGGUGUGUUAGCCAGCUAUGUUGUGUCACCAUCAAGUUCAGAACCCAUUUAUGACUUCCUGUAGCGGUAUCUGCAGCUGCAACUUAGCCGAAGUCUGAGAGCACGAGGUAUCACAAUGUUGCAUAUCAAGAGGCAUAUGAAGUACUGUUCACUGGCGAUUUCUGCCGCUCGAAUGUUUGUAACUGGACCACCAGCCAGCAACCCAGUUGUGUACUUUGAUAUCGCUGCGGACAACAAGCCUCUUGGGAGAGUCACCUUUGAACUGAAUGCAGACGUUGUGCCAAAAACAGCAGAAAACUUCAGAGCACUUUGCACAGGGGAAUAUGGCUUUGGAUACAAGGGAUCGACAUUCCACAGAGUGAUUCCUCAGUUCAUGUGCCAGGGAGGAGAUUUUACUAAUCAUAAUGGAACCGGAGGGAAGUCUAUCUAUGGACCCAGAUUCCCGGAUGAGAACUUCAUUCUGAAACAUACUGGACCUGGUGUGCUGUCAAUGGCAAAUGCUGGUCCAAAUACCAACGGUUCUCAGUUCUUCAUCUGCACUGCUAAAACGGAAUGGCUGAACGGCGGGCACGUUGUGUUCGGCCAUGUGAAAGAGGGAAUGGACGUGGUCAAGAAAGUGGAGUCCUUCGGCUCCCGCUCUGGUAGCACCUCCAAGAGGAUCACCAUCGCAGACUGCGGGGAGCUCAAGUGAUCUGUCGUUGUAGCUGCAGAGCCACGAAUAUGAUACACUGACUGUGAAUUUCAAAUAAAUCAGGAAAAAAAUGCAUUUCUUUUUUACUGUGUAGCUCAGUCGUACUUAUCCUAGGUGUUAUUUGUACACUGAUGUGUUCUCUGGGGACAUAAAACGAGAAAAGUCUUGCUGCUGUUUUUGUGGAGGGGUGGCAGUGGUCUGAUAAAAUGCAAGUGAAUAGUCCUUUCGUGCACAUAACUGCUUUUGUUUUCUCAUCCACGCUGAGCGUUAACAGUGAAUGUGUUUGGUACUGUGAAAGUCAAAAUUAAAAAGAAAAGGGACAUUUCAGGAAUUGAGGAAAGCGGUCUGUGUCAAUUUACACUGGGUGUGAAAAUGUUUUCUAAACAUGGCAUCGGAAUCAGGAAUUAAACCCAUCUUUACAUGAAACUGCGUCUGAUUUAUUCCGUGGACUGUUGUGUGCCCCACAGCCGUUCUGCCUGCUGGAGUUUGUGUUCUGCUUUGCUGCUGCCCUUUCAGUGGUGAU